AUGCAAGCUGGUGCCUUUGACCAGUUCAUUUAUGCUGGCAAAUUCAAGAUUAGCAAAAUGUAUAAGUAUUUGCAUGAUAUUGGAGGGCAUGUUGCCUGGAAGAGAAUUAUAUGUAAUAGCAAAGCUACCCCUAAAGCUUCCUUCAUUGUUUGGUUGGCACUGCAGAAAAGGCUCCCUACUAAGGAUAUGUUGAGAAGUUGGGGGAUGAGUAUUUCUAGUUCCUGUGAGCUGUGUCAGGCUGCUGAUGAAAGCCUUGACCACAUGUUCUUUGAUUGUUCAGUUUCUAAGGAGGUUUGGAGUUGUGUUCUUUUGCAGCUGGGAGUCAGUAGGUCAGUGAUGCAAUGGGAGUUGGAAGUGCAGUGGUGUUCAGUCAAAAGCAGAAGCACAAAAGAAGCUGAUAUCAAAAGAAGUAUUGCAUUCUCAGAGACUGUUUAUGCUUUGUGGCUGCAGAGGAAUGCUAAACUCUUCAAGAACAAACUUGAUUCCGUUGAUUGUAUUAUUAGGAGAGUCUUAUUCAUUGUUGCUUGUAGGAAAGCCCGAAGAGAAGCUGAGGAGAAAGAAGCUGAAAACAAGAGGAAGGAGGCUGACAAAAAGGAGGAAGGACAUAAAGAUGAAACAAUGAGGAAGGAGGCUGAGAAAAAGAAGGGGGAAUAUGAAGGUGAAUAUAGGAGGAUUCGGGCUCAGAAAAAACAAAGAGUAUGA